GCCACCACCUGAAGUACAAGUUCAAACAGCAAGUAGGCUAAAGAGUUCUAAUCCUAAUCAUGGAUUCUUCAUCUAUUGAUGCUGGUCAGCCACUGCUGCCGAGAACUAACACUCAAAUCAGCAAAGAGCUUGAAGAAAUAUUAUGCGAUAAUGAACAACCAUUGCUGCAGCGUUACCGGGCGGCGACUUGGAUUGAGAUGAAGCUUCUUUUUCAAUUAGCAGCACCAGCUGUGAUUGUUUACAUGAUCAACUACCUUAUGUCCAUGUCCACACAAAUUUUCUCUGGGCAUCUUGGCAACCUUGAACUUGCUGCUGCUUCCCUUGGCAACACUGGGAUUCAAAUUUUUGCCUAUGGUCUCAUGCUAGGAAUGGGUAGUGCAGUCGAAACACUAUGUGGACAAGCAUUUGGAGCCAAAAAGUAUGAGAUGUUAGGCGUAUAUCUUCAAAGAUCUACCAUACUUUUGAGUUUAACUGGUGUUUUGCUGGCCAUAAUCUAUGUUUUCUCGAAGCCAAUCCUUAUAUUUCUAGGCCAAGCACCAAAUAUUGCAUCAGCAGCAGCCUUAUUCGUGUAUGGUUUGAUCCCACAAAUCUUUGCCUAUGCAGUUAACUUCCCAAUUCAAAAAUUCAUGCAAGCUCAAAGCAUAGUGCAACCAAGUGCAUAUAUAUCAACAGCAACAUUAGCCCUGCAUCUUGUAUUGAGUUGGCUCGCAGUUUACAAAUUUGGUCUUGGUUUAUUGGGUGCAUCACUAGUUUUGAGCUUUUCUUGGUGGAUAAUUGUGAUUGGACAAUUUAUUUACAUAGUGAAAAGUGAAAAAUGCAAACAAACUUGGACUGGUUUUAGCCUACAAGCCUUCAGUGGCCUUUGGGGGUUCUUCAAAUUGUCAGCAGCAUCAGCAGUUAUGUUGUGUUUGGAGACUUGGUAUUUUCAGAUUCUUGUUCUAUUGGCUGGUUUGCUUCCUAAUCCUGAAUUGGCUCUGGAUGCUCUGACCAUUUGCACAACAAUUUCUGGAUGGGUAUUUAUGAUCUCAGUGGGAUUUAAUGCAGCAGCAAGUGUGAGAGUUAGCAAUGAACUUGGAGCAGGACAUCCAAAAUCAGCAGCAUUUUCAGUGAUAGUUGUGAAUGUGAUCUCUUUCAUAAUUUGUGUGAUUGCGGCAAUUGUCAUCCUUGCUCUGCGCCGGGUUUUGAGCUAUUUAUUCACGGAAGGUGAAGUGGUUGCAGAUGCUGUCUCUGAUCUUUCCCCACUUCUGGCCCUCACUCUUGUUCUUAAUGGCAUCCAACCAGUAUUGUCAGGUGUGGCUGUUGGAUGCGGAUGGCAAGCAUUUGUUGCAUACGUGAAUGUGGGAUGUUACUAUUUAGUCGGAAUCCCGUUGGGUUCUCUACUCGGCUUUUACUUCCAACUUGGUGCUAAGGGACUAUGGUCCGGCAUGUUGGGCGGUACUGUAAUGCAGACAAUUAUUUUAUUGUGGGUGACAGUUCGAACAGAUUGGAAAAAGGAGGUAAAAAGCAGCUUUAAAGAGAUAGACAAAUGGGACGAUCAGAAGAGAGAAGCUCUUCAAGAUUGAAAUAAGCCCAGAAUAGCAAGGGCUUCAACUCAAUUCAAUAUUACAUUGUGGGCAGCUGUCAUCAACAAAUCAAAGAGAAAUGGGGAGAAAGAGAGAAGGAAAAGAUUUAAAGAGACUUGAAAUUGAUGAUUUGUUGGCCUAUAAAUAUAAUUUUAGACUAGCUAAUCUAGUUCUCCUGCAUGAUUGAAUUUUGUGCAUCUUGAGAAGGGGCUGUUCUAAUUUUAGAUUAGCUAAGCUGGUUUAUAGGCCACUGGCUAAAGUUUUGCUGGAAGGACAAUUAAGUUUCUUUAUUCACUUUGUUUGAGCCAAAUAAUUGACGGAAAUUGUUUUAGCA